AUGGAAAAUUCGUUCAGUGAUACCGGAUUCAUACAAGCAGGAGACGAUAGUCCAGCAGUUUUAAUCGAAAAAGCGUUAAUUUAUAUGGUCGAAUCGUUUUUAUUCUUCACAUCGCAAACUAUCUAUAUCUCGUUGUUGCCAGCCAUAUGGAUAUACUCUUUUUGGGCCCACGCAUUCGAACAAUCAUGGCAGAUAACUAAACACGUUUUAUCGGAAAUCUACGAAUUGAUGCUGAUCGUUCCCUUAUACUUUGAAGCGUGCUUUUGGUUCUGGAAAUCUGCAGCGGAAUUUGCACUGAUGAUUAAAAGGAGUAAAGAAAUUUCGGAGGCGCUUCAUAUUAAAGUUUACCCGUUGAUAAAGAAAAUAUUACAGAAAUUGCAUGUACUACCGAUCCAGCAUGAACGUGCUGCUGUUUUGUACAUGAUCUUGAAAAAACUUCCUAUUAUUAGUAACGAUCUAUGGUUUCCGAGAUUCUUGUUCGAAGACACGUUUAAAACCAUCGAUAUCCAAAGAAACACCAUCUCGAUGACAAUUCCUUCGACAGAGGAUUCGUCUGUAUCUCAAACCGGAGCUGAAACGCAAACCACUACCGCAACCACAUCCACAGCGCCAGUUCAAACUCCAGCAUCCGAAUCGCUCCCAGCUGAAAACCAGCCUAAACCUGCCACGUCUAAAAAUUAAACCAGCCAGCGUGAACUGACGAUUAACUCGGCAUCGAUAAGCGCACGUUUAAAAUAAUCCGAUAGGAAAAACCUUGUAUCCUGUAUUAAAGAUUUAAUGUAUUCGUAUGAAAAAAAAUUAUCGCCACGCGAUUUAUAUUAUUUAUAUGUGCUAAUCGCGCAAAUUAUUAAUCAUUUUUAAGCUUUAGUGAAUUUUUAUCGUUUUUCAAUUUUUUGUACUUCGACGGAAAAUGUUGUAUCGCGUUUCUCGUUUCAAAAUGAAUUAUAUGUAUUCGCAAACAAAA